AUGGAGUUAAAAAAAUUCCACUAACGUUUUGUUUAUAAAUUCAAAAUAGGAAUAGAGGAAGUAAAAGAAAAAAAAAACCAAAGCUAAAAAGCCGCAUUUAAAAGACACAUUACAAUUUUCAAAUCACAAUAAAGCCAGCCAUUUCUAGUUUAAAGCGAAUAUAUUCUAGUUUUAUUAAAAAUACUAAAUCGCCAUAAGUAAUCUGCAGAAGAAGAAGCAAAAAUCCAAAACUUUUUGUUUUUUUUGAAGAUAAGAUUCAGAGGUGGAUCAGCUCAAUUACAAAAGAUAAUAAUUUAUUUUUACAAAGCAUAGAUCAAGAUGUAUACUAAUCCAAAAACGAAUAGCGUCAUGAUAAAUAAAAAUGAUAUAGACACAAAGAUUGCUUUUUAAAAUAGUGAUGCGUUUCAUGGGGAAAGUAACAAUUUAGCAAGAUUAUCAAAACCAUCAUAAUAAGCUGCUUUAAAAAACAACGAUACUUAAUUAAUCGUGAAAAAUGGAAACUAAGCUUCAGUAGGUGGGAGUAUUUUGCCCAGCUGCCCUUAAACAAACGCCACUUUAAACAUGAAUAAAUAUUUCUUAAACAAAGAUGAGGUGAUAAUUAGUAUAGAAGGGUUUAGAUUUUAGCCUUAAUCCUUGUAUGUCCACUGCGGUACUAAGUUAAUAUGGUAGGUAAAGCAAAACAAACCGUAGUACAAUUCUCUUUAUGAUUCUACAGGUCCUCGCUUUUUUAUUGUUAGCAUUCCUUAGUUAGAAGAGGAAAGUCCACCAAUCCAUGAGAACGAAUCAUUUAGUUAUGUAAUUGAUUAAUUAGGAAGUUUUGAUAUGAUUUGCCCAAAUUACACAAGGAUGAAAGGUUCUUUGAUAGUGGUUGACAAAUCUACUACAAUUAAUGACCUCACAAAAGAUUAAUAACCUAAAUAUUUCAUGGAGCAUGUUGAUGAAUACAAAUACGCAUCUUAAAAUUUAAGUAGCAGUCUUUAAUAACAACUCUAUUAGCUAAAUUCAUCUAAUAUAAUUCCUUAAACAUAAGUAUUUUAGCAACAACCAUAGGAAAAUUCCUAAUAUUUAAUAAGUUCAACGCUUGAGAGUAGUGGUAAAAACUAUUAAAACUCCAAUCCAAUAGCUGCAUAUUAUAGUGAUACUUGCGCCCCUCAGAUAAAUUUGAAUACUUACAACUCAUAACUAUCAAAUAGUUUAGUUUUUAGUAACUAGCUCUCUCAUAAUAACCUUUAAAAAAAUUAACUUUAUUACUAAAUGUCAAACUCAGCUGUUUUAUCAACUAAGGAACAAAGGUAAGAUUAAAGUAGCACUGAAUAUGCAAGAAAAAAUUACAAUGAAAAGAUUUCAUUAGCAAAAAGUGCUUCAUUCAAAUCUCUUCAACCUGUUUUAGAAAACAAUGAUAAAUUGUCAUAGGAAAGCUUUAAAUAGCUACAAAAUACGAAGUAAGAAAAAAUUUUAACAAAAAUAAUAGAUUCUAAUAAAUCAGAAACAGCAGAAUCUGAAAAAAUCACUAAGUAAUUUUUGCAGGAGCUACAAAAUGAAUAGAAUAGUAGACCCAACAAGAAGAAAAAUGCUCACUACUUACAACUAUAUAAGGAUGAUUUCCAAGAAGAUGCUGAAGAAGAUGAAGAUGAUUUAGAAUUCAGCGAAUUAAACAAAAUGAAAAAAUUAGAAUCAGAGAGUAAAAAAAAAUCAAACCUUGUUGAAUUUUCAGAAUCUAAAAGAGACACCCCUAAAUAACAAGUCUAAAAGCCACAAUCAAAUGAUAAUGAGUAAAGUCCCAAAAAAAAUAAUGAAGAAGGGAAGUUGAAAAAAAACUCAAACAUUGCAUAUUAGCAAAUUUAGAAUUUGGAAAAAAUUACUAAGGAUAUUUAAGAACCAAAUGCAGCUAAAAAAGAAAAAGAUAACUCUUGCUUACUAGAGUAGUAAUUGCUUUCAACUCCGAAAAGAAAAAGUCUAUAAAAAAGAGAAAUUGAUAACCCUAAGAAAAAAAGUAUUAAAAUAACAAGCAAUAGUAACAGUUGCAAUACCAGCUACUCUUCAUAAAAAGUUAGCUCAUAAUAAUAGAUUUAAUCAAUUAGGGAAGAUUCUAAAGAAUUAAAAUAAUCUAAUUCAUAAGGCUCUUAGAAAAAAAUAAAAUUAUAAACAGAAAACUAAAUUACAAAUUUAGACACCUUAUCUGAAAAACAUUUUGAUGAUACUUAAAACAAGUAAAUAUAGCAAAGUUGUUUAAGUUCAAGCACUAUAGCUACUAAUGCAACUGUACUAGCCAUUGAAGAUAAAGAAUAAGCAAGAUAUUAAACAUAAUAAGUUACUAAGACCUAGAGUUUACCUUAGUUUUUAUCAUAAAAUGUAUAAAUUAAAAAACUAAAAAAAAUAAAUACAAAUAGCCAAGUAAUUAAAAAGAAUGAACUUAAUCCAUACAGAAAAUAAGACAGAUAAGAAGAUAUGAAUGGCUAUAAUAGUGAUUAUGAGUGCUAAAAUGAAGAGGAAGAAGAUGAAGAAAAUGGUAAUGAAGAAGGAGAUAUAGUAAAUGAUCAAAAUAAUAAAAAGAAUCAAACGUUAAAUUAGGCAUCUAACCCUGCUAGUAGCUUAUAUUUCAAGGGUCAUAGCUUUUAAUAUUUUAGAAAUCAUCAGUCUAACUAAUACGCUAAAUUGAGAAUACCCCAUGAAAAUGAUGAGUACGAUGAUGAUGAAGAAGAUGAAUAUGACUGCAAUACUAUUAUAUCAGAAGAAGAUGCAAGUGUAUAUGCUUCGAAGGAAAACUCACUUGUCUAUCGUAGAAAUAAUAGUUCAUCUAAUUUACAUUCCUCUGGUAGUCAACAAAUUGGUUCAAAUAUUAACCCAAAUAACAGUUUUACUGCUUCCUAAACUUUAAAUAAAAGAUUUACAAAAAGAAUCAGAAGAAAUUACAGGAAAAAACCUAAAAUUGGUGUUUUAUCUGAGAAUUAUUUAAAAUCACCUGCUUAAUCUAUUCUAACUACAGCAGAGAGCUCUAAAUAUUCAGAUACUACAAAGUAGCUAUCUUAAAAAGGAGAUUUCGAUUUAGAAGGAAACGAUAUACAUGAGAGAGGUAGUUUACUUUUCUAACAUAAAUAUUCCCAAAAGCGUCGUGCUUCAACUGAUUAAACUAUUUAGGAGAGUAGGUAUCAUAAUAAUAAUGAUGAUUCUGAUACGCGCUCUAUCAAGAGCUUGAAAAACGAGCGUAACAUUGCAAAUAAUAAUAAUAAUGCAAUUAACAGUAGCUCUAAUAAUAGUAAUAAUGCAUGUGGAAGUACUUAUGUUUGCUAAAAUUAAUCUUGCAAUUACUAGAUGAAUAGUUAGAACUAAUAUUAAUAGGAAUGCUGUCAUGAAAGCGAUAACGAAGGUGAAUGUGUUGAUCUAUUUGAUAAAUAUAACUGCAACAAGUUUAUCAAAGUAAAUAAUACUUGUUGUAGUCACUUAAACAGUGCAAAUAUUUUUGAUUUCUUGAAAUAAUAAUCGAAGUUAUAAUUCUUGUAUUUCACUGAAAACUUUUGCAAGCAGGAAAAUUAGAAAAAAAUACACAAACAUAAAAAAGAAGGCAAUAACAAUAGUGCAUCAUCCAGCUAAUCUGCUGGUUCUCUGGAAGGUCUCUAAGAGAACCGCGAUGAAAGCAAGUCUGUUUCAUCUCAAAACACAAAUAAUUUGACACAUAUAAGUAAUCCAUGCCAAGAAUAAACAAAUCAAAAAAUAAUCCAAAAUUAUAAAAUAAAUACACCUUUGUUAAAUAACGAAAUCGUUAGUGUAGCUAAAUAAUUACCUCUGACAGAAGAUAAAAAUGAAGAAAUUUAAGAACAAAUUUCUUUUAUAAAGAAUUUCUUAGAACAAAGAUACGAGAUAGAAAGCUGGUUAUUAGAAGCAGGAGGGGCAGAUGAUUUAGGAGAAAUAGAAGACUAUUGA